UAUGGAACCUACUGAGAGUAAGAGAGAAUGUUGGGCGGUUGGGUUUGGUAACUCUAUAGGUCAGGAAAGAAUGGUUGCAGCUGGAUAUGAUAAUGGAGAAAUCAAGGUUUGGGAUUUACGUCAAAUGAAACUAAUCUGGGAAACAUCUGUAGAUAAUGGUGUAUGCUGGAUUGAGUGGGAUAGGCAGAAUAUAAAGAUGAAUAAGCUCACAGCAGUUACUCUGGAGGGUUGGGUUCAUGUCUGGGAUUGCAGAAAUCAGUGGAAGGAAUCAAAGAAAAAGGUGGAAGGAGGAACAAGUACAGUGUGGGUCGGAAAACAUUGUCCAGACAACAGGGAUAUUCUUCUGACAGGAUCUGGAGGAGGAUUACUAAGUAUAUGGAGAGAGGGGACGGAUGAAAUUGAAUUACUCCAAACUCAGGCUUUAGCUGAACAACCAGUCUGUGCUCUGGAUUGGUGUCCGGAUAAGAAAGGACUGGUUGCAACAGCAUCUUUUGAUCAAAGACUACGAAUUGUGAUUAUAACUAAACUCAAGAAUGUUUAAUUUCAUGUCAUCAGUAAAAGUACUUUAUUUUUUGCCAAUGUGUUCAAACAAUAUGAAAGGUAUGUUGCUCGAGUGAGACAACCAAUUAACAGUGUAAAUUGCAUUUUUAAGUUUUGACAGCCUAACACGAUAAAGCACAAUCUCAAUCAAAUUCCAAAAUUGUUUCUAUUUAUAUACAUUAAAAAAUUUGGUUGAAUAAAAAUAAAUAUUUUGUUACUUUUUACAUAAUGUAUAUAUGUGUACUUUUACUAUUGUAUACGAAUUUAAUAAAAUUAUA